AUGGAUCUCGAUUCUGUAAACGCCCUUGUGGCGGCCCUCGUAUCUAAUUACCAAGAUGGCGUCGAGUUUUACGCAAAGUGGCAGCGCAGGAACUGGCAGGAGAACCACUACGGAGACCGCGCAAAGGGCAAACAGGCAAGCAGUGGCAGUGGUGGCUGUUGCGGCAUGAGCGCUUCGUUGAACUUCUCGGCGCAUCGAAUCAGGGAAGCAUUUGACAAGGGCACGAGGAUUCUCGGGCAGGACUUUUCAGUCGGCGACGGUAUGAGAGAUUCUCUGUUGUCCAUAUAUUAUUCAUCCAUCCAUUCAACCCACACGCUGCUCCAUUCACCCAUCCAUUCCGAGUUGGAUAUACCAAGUCUGGGUAAGCCUGGUGCUGACUUGGACCCAUUUUACUGCUUAGAAACAUGUCGUGCGUCGCUGGCUACCAACUUGAGGCAACUCCAGGCACGUAUCAAUGUGCUGCGCAGUGCUGCACAGGGGGCUAGCCCGCCUUUGGGACUGUAUGCAGUCAUCAAGGCCUCCGAGGAUGUCCGCGUCUCGGCGAUCCGCGCGCUCAACGAGCAGUACCGACGGCAGGCCGCCGGGCGUCCGACUCCAACUGAGCUCUCAUUGGGAACCCGCAGAUCGCGGGCCACCCUGUCCUUGUCCGAGGAUGCGCUUGUGGCACUAGAUGCCAUGACGACGACGACGACGACGCUGACUGCCCAAGACGGUGGCGGACUCGGUAGCCGCUUGAACAGUCCAAGGCGGUCUCGUUACCUGGCGCUGCCAAUGGAAACCAUUGUGGACGGCAUUGCCACCCCCGUAUCUGCCGGUUCGCGGAGAUCCGGCCUAUUCUCCGAGCCACCAUCUCCGCCGCUCACGCCGACGAGGACCGAGGACUGGCAAUCGUCUCGUUCGAAGCGGUCCUCGGUCGUCUCGACCCGAUCCCGACCCUUGUCCACUGCCGCUCUCGGCCUCUUCUGUCCAGAGGCCAUGAGGUAUCAGCUUGACCCUGCGAGGCGCGUGACGGGCAGGGCCUGCAAAUGCGGUCAGGACCUCUCGGCACAGUCCACCGGCGAGCACUUGCCCAUGAAUCUCAAGGAAGGCUUCCAAAUGACACCUAGAUUCGUUGCCAAGUCCCAUCACGUCGGCGCUGGAUUCGGCUGUGUUCUGUGCAUCCCAAACGGCCACGUGGGCACGUUUGAGAGUCUUGCCUCACUUAAAGAUCACAUUAAUACCAGUCACGACAAGUGGCAGAUUCUACAUGAUCGAGACUUGGCGACGGGGUGCUGA